AUGGACUCUUACUUCAGAGCAGACUCAAUGCGGUCACCGCCGGAUAGAUCAUGGAACGACGGGCGCAAAGACGAUCGUGACCCAUUCUACCGUGGCCGGUCUCCAGGACAACCCGAGCGGAAUCGCCGUCCAGCGCGUUCACGGUCGCCGACCGCCGUUGAUCGCUACGAGCCUCGUUCGCGAGUGAGAGACGAAUAUGGGAAUGGAGGUGGCCGGGAUCGUGACCGGGACGACCGCCGUCGCAUCAACUCACCGCCCGCCAACAUCGACCGUUACGUUCCUGGCCAGCCAUUGCACUUGGCGACGUCUAGCGGCGGCAUCACCACACUGACUCCUCCAUUACAUCAGCAGCCACCGCGCCCGGCCUUGACCAACCCCAUGCCGGAUCCCCUCACCCUGCCAUACCAGGUCGGCUUCUCUUUCUUUGGAGAAUGGUGGCGCACAAACGAAAAGAUCAAGGAAGAAAAUGAGGCACAAAGAACAGGACGCCGGCCGGAGCGAGAACGCCAGCCCCGAGGCCCUAAGGAGGCCCAGGAGGAGAAGGCCAAGAUCCAGGCUGCCUACGACGCCUACAAAGAAGAAGUGCAGGGCAAGAUGGCCACGGCUUUUGUCAAGCAACAUAAGGACGAGCAGUGGUUUAUUGAGCGCUACGUCCCGGCCGUCCGCGACCCGUUACGGCAACAGCUCGCAGAGGUCCGCAAGACCUUUUAUUCGCAGUGGGAACAAGAUCUUGAAACAGGCCUUUUCGACGAGUUCACCCUCGAGGGCGUGUCGAAGAGCGAUACUCUUGCCGUCGCCGCUGCGGUUGAAAAGGAAGAGGGUGAGGCUGCGGCCAACGAUGUUCUGGGAGUGGGCGAUUUGGUCCCGGCAGUGGCUGCCGCCGAUAUUCGGGACGAAUCUCUGACUGCGCCGACGUUGUUGAUCAAGACGAUAGCGCCGACUGUCAGCCGCCAAAACCUGGAGAACUUCUGCCGUGAGCAUCUCGGUGAAGGCGAGGGUGGCUACCGCUGGCUCUCGUUGAGUGACCCCAAUCCUGGAAAACGUUACCACCGCAUCGGAUGGAUUAUGCUUAACCCAGGUCCCGAGGGCGGCUUUCCUGUCCAAGAUGAGGAUGGGAACGUGGACAUAGAGAAUCCCGCGACCGUUCCCGUUGCCGAGCGGGCGCUCGAGGCCGUCAACAGUAAGACAGUCAAGGACGAGGUCCGUGGCGACUUUACAUGCCACGUGGGCGUACAUAACCCGCCGACAAAUUUCCGAAAGAAGGCGUUGUGGGACCUCUUCUCGGCACCGGAACGCAUCGACAGAGAUCUGCAUCUCGUCCAGCGCCUUGUGGCCAAGUUCGAAGCCGAUGUUGACUCGACUUUUAAUGGUGUGUUCAAGGUCGAGGAAAAGGUCGAGGAGCUUCGCCACACAGGCCGACUCCAGCCUGUCCAUGUUCCUAGCACUCGGCCUGCUGCAGCCAAGAAGAGAAAGGCCCAGAAGAGCCGUCGUGUCGACAUGGAUGUGAACCUGGAUUUUGAGGUUGGCGGUGAUGACGAGAUGGACGACAUCGAAGACGGUGAGGAAGAUGAGGAAGAAGAAGAUGGCGAGGAGCUGGAAGAUGGUGUUGUCGUAGACGAUGUCGAUGACGAGUAUGUGCUCGGCCAGAAGAAGCAGCUUGAUCUGCUGAUUGAGUACCUGCGGCGUGUCUUCAACUUCUGCUUCUUCUGCGUGUUUGAGAGCGACUCCGUGCAUGAGCUGACGCGGAAGUGCCCGGGAGGACAUCUGCGCCGGCCGCGGAGCUCGUUGACCCCGGCGGCCCUGGAGGUGGCACGGGCUUCUGCACACGGGGAGCCGUUCCCGGUCAAGCGCCACGAUCCCUCGUCAUCGGCAGAUGCUGAGGAGGGUGAACUGCCUGACGAGGGUGGCCGGGGCGGCGCUGGUGGUGAUAAGGGCAGCGGUGGCAAGGGCCGCGCCAGCUUACCAAAGGCUGAGCAACAGCUACUGCGCGCCUUUAACUGGGUCAAGACAUUUGAGGAGAAGAUCAGUCAAGUGCUGGACCCCGAAUCGACUGACCUACGCAAGUUCGGCGGUAAGCCUCUGGACGACGCCUUGAACGACGAGCUCGCCAACCACGUCAAGCAGGAGGAUGAGCACAAGUAUCGAUGCAAACUUCCCGAAUGCACGAAGCUGUUUAAGGAGGAACACUUUUGGCGGAAGCACGUCGAGAAGCGCCACAGCGAGUGGUAUGAAGCGUUGAAAGCCGAUCUUGAAUUGGUGAAUGCCUACGCGGCCGAUCCGGCGCACAUCGCACCGUCCCGAACAGACGCCAGCUCUAAUGGGCACUUUUCGGCGGGGGCAGGACAGACACCUACGGGCACACCUCGUGGCUUCAACCUGCACAACUACAACCUCAGCGCGGCUGGCGGCCUGCCGCCCAUGCCAGGCUUCCCUGGUCCUGGCGGCAACAGCGGUUUUAACAUGUUCAACCCAGUUGCUAUGCAGGUGCCAGGUAGUUGGCAAAGCCCCGUAGGUGGCAGCCCUGGGGGACCCGGACCCAUCCGCCGGAGUGGCGGGACUCGGCACAACAACAACCGGACGGGCCCCUACGACCGUCGGCCCAUGCGCUGGAACCCUGACAGUGGUAUCACCGGCGGGUCCCCGAUGCACGGUGGAGGUGGCGGUCGUGGCGGGCGCAAUGGAGGUGGUGGUCCUGGUGGAUUCGCUGUCGGCGGCGCUGUCGGCCUGCCUGGACGCUGGGACGGUGCUGGUGGUGGCUCCGCUGUCGGCCCGCGUGAGGCGAUCCAGGGCCGGACAAUCAAGAGCUACGACGACUUGGAUCAGGCUGGCAACGGCGCCGGUGGUGAGCUGAACUACUAG